ACUUUGGUAUCAACAUUGCCAGUUGAGCACAAUUGACGCCGCGCCCCUGUACAGGUUAUUUUUAAUACUGAUCGGUAUUGAUAGAAACAAUAAGAAUCUAACAAAGAAUUUUUUCGUGACCUUCACUAUGCCCAACUUAAUCGGUUAUAACUUUUGUGGUGUUUGAUUGUGGUUAGAUAAAAUCGUCUACAAGGUCAUCGGUUCGAUUAUUUCCAGCGAUAUACAUACGCUGAUAGAAAAUCUUUUAACCAUUAUUAAUAAGCGUUAAGCAGCUCGAAUGUGUGACUAAAAACAGGAUUUGAUCGAUGACAUACGAAAUAAUGAACCGCACUCGGCUGUAAAAGAUAUCUUCGCUUCAUCAAUAGGAGACGCUGAAAAACGUUUGCAGAAUUCCCAGUAAUUUUCUAUUAAAAAAAAAGUGUGGUGGCCAACCAACGAAUGCAAUCAAUUCAUCUGUUUUAGUUGAAGGAACCAACAAAUUAUGUCGGAAAUCAUCAGUGGAAGUAAUGUUUCUGCCAACCACAUUAAAAGAAUGAUGCAAAAUGCGCAGCGAGAAAUCGAGGAACGUAAACGAAAACUAGAAAACAUUACUUUGAAUAAAUAUCCAGAUGCUUCUACUUCUUCCGAUGCUGCUGCUACAGCAGUUAAUGCCAAAGCUUCAGCCGUAGUGACAAAAUCUGCUGAUGGUCCUAUUGAAAAAAAGACACGCGAUGUGUCCGGAUCUGUAACAGGAACAUCGGACAUAGAAAGAUCAAAAAAAAUUGCCCAGCUUCAAGAACAAAUUCGGGCCAAACUUUCUGGAACAUUAGUCAAUGUUUUACCCUUACAGUCUGCUACUGACAAACCGAAGCCGCUUAUACUAGAUGCUGAGGGCCGCACUGUAGAUGACAGUGGUCGUACAAUUGUUGUACCCCAACUUACCCCUACGCUAAAGGCUAAUAUCCGUGCCAAAAAACGAGAAAAUUCUAGAAAUCAGCAAUUUGUAGAACGUGCGUUUACCAAUGAAUCAAAUGAGACACACUUUCAUGAUGAUCGUAUUACAUUAAAACCAGCAGGGCGAACCAAGCGUUCAUUACGAUUUCAUGAACCUGGAAAAUUUCAACAGCUUGCUGAAAGAUUACGAAUGAAGAUACAAUUAGAGAAAUUGCAGAACGAGAUUUCGCAAAUAGCGCGCAAAACUGGAAUCAGUUCAGCUACAAAACUUGCUUUGAUUGCUCCUAAAUCGGACACUUACUUAAAUGAUGUACCCCAAAUGGAAUGGUGGGAUUCUGUCAUAUUGAUGGAUGAUUUGAAUACUCUGAACGCACAGGGAAGUAUUGCGAUUAGAGAAUCUUCGAUAACUAAUCUCAUCGAACAUCCGACGCAAAUGCGACCGCCAAAUGAAACAUCGCGUACCGUAUAUCUUCCAGUGUUUCUUACAAAUAAAGAAAGACGCAAAUUGCGACGACAGAAUCGUCGUGAAACUUGGAAGGAAGAGCAGGAAAAAAUUCGUCUAGGACUUGAAGCUCCUCCAGAACCAAAAUUAAGAAUUUCCAAUUUAAUGCGUGUGUUGGGAACAGAGGCAGUACAAGACCCAACUAAAAUUGAGACUCAUGUACGUGAACAAAUGGUAAAGCGUCAAAAAAUACAUGAAGAAGCAAAUGCAGCACGUAAAUUAACUGAUGAUCAACGACGAGAGAAAAAAAUUCGUAAAAUGAAAGAAGACACAACAUUAGGGGUACAUAUUGCUGUAUAUCGUAUUCGAGAUUUGCAGGACCAGCAAAGCAAAAAGUUUAAGAUCGAAACAAAUGCAAAACAAUUAUUCUUGACCGGCGCCUGUGUACUUUUUCGCGAUUGUUCUGUAGUUGUAGUGGAGGGUGGUCCAAAACAACAAAAAAAAUAUCGUAGGCUUAUGCUCCAUCGUAUAAAAUGGGAAGAAGAUUUAGUGAAAAAUGCUGAUGACAAAGAGAUUCCCAAUUCAUGCGUGCUUGUAUGGGAAGGAAUGAAUCAGCGUAGACAUUUUGGAGAAUUUAAGUAUAAAUCGUUCUCAUUAGAAAAAAGUGCAAGAGAUUUCUUCCAGAAACAUCACGUUGAGCAUUAUUGGGAUUUGGCUUACUCUGGGGCUGUUUUAGAAGCUUCUGAAGACAUAUAAUCAGGUUUUACAAUACAAGGCAACAAAUCAUAAUUAAAUAAACUAUUUGAAGGUGUAUAAAAA